UCUUUGCAGCAUGGCAUUAAAACGGUCUGUGGUAGUGAGAGUGAGAUGGAGGUAGAGUCCUUUUCAUGGGCCACAGAGACCAUUUUUGACUUUUGUUAGUAUGUUAGUCUGUGCUUUGACGUGUAAUCGUGGUGUUAGAAAACUUUUCUAAAAUGGUUUUUACUAAUGAUUUUAUUGUUUUCAAAACAAUGCCUCUGUCAAUGCUGAGUUUCAAGUCAAGUGUGUCUUGAGCAGUUUUAUCUACUUAUAUAAUUUUUAAUUUUAAGCUAGUAAUUUUUAAAAGUUGCCUUCAUAAUCAAAAUCAAAAUCUCCUAAUUUUUGUUGUGUAAAUUCUUCAUGUUGGCAAUAAUAUUCCCCUUAUCAGUCUGCUCAAGAUAAAGCUCACCUUAGUAUCACUUUGUUUAGUAUUUCAUUACAACUGCUUCAGUAAUCACUAUUCACAUUCAAUUCAAUCUUAUUCUUCAUUUUAAAAUACAAAUUUGUUAUUGGAUUUUAUACAAGACAAGACAAGAUGGCUUCUAGUGAUCCGGAGUUAAAGGAUGGAUUUACACUUCCUGUUUGGAUGAAAUCUAAACCAACCAGGGAAUUCGAGCCGUUUUCCGCGUCCCCUCCAGCCCCGGACGACUCUUUCUUCUACAUUCGAUACCCAAAACCUGAAGUAUUAUUCGGAAAGCCGAAGUUCGCUAACGAGUUGCCGACCGAUCAGCAAACGGAGCUGCGGGCGACAUACAACGUCGUCAAGGAGAAGGAUUGGUCGAAGCACACCAAGCCCUGCCAAGAUGUUUUGCACGGGAUCGCGCCUAUUAAUACAGCAGUUAAAUCCAUCAACCUAAAAGCGAAACCAGCGGGAACAGAUGAUGGCUUCAAAGGCGAAGGUGCGGCUUGUGGCAGCUCCGUUGUCAGGAUGGCAAACCAGAUGAUAUCGUCGACGCGCUCGCCGCGUGGCUUCGCCGUGGCCACGCCAUCGGACGAGGCGAGCGAGCCGGCACGGCCGCUGGCGGCGCGGCGCGGCAGCCGCAGCCUGCCCGCCACGCCCGCGCACUCGCCGCCCGGCAGCCCCACCGCGCGCCGCAAGAUGAACUACAAUCGUUACUUCACGUCUCCAUUUGAGCCCGUGGAAGACGCUAACAACCGCUCGUGGCUGACUAUGGCACUUCUUGGCUUCAAGAAAGACAUAAACGCAUCCACAUCAACGCUCGCGGAAGAAGAUGCCCUUGAAAACAGAUUACACGGUACCCUCGCCGAAUCCGUUGAAAGUCUUGGACCUGCACCUAAAGCAGCAGCAGAUUUAAAGGUGCUUUCCAACGAGUCUAAAAGCCUGCAGCCCAAGACAGUUAAAGCCUCCCCGUCCAUCCUCCCCAAGCCUUCAGAACUACGAGAAAUGAACUUCUGGUCGCCGACUUCUAUGUGAAGUAACACAUUUAACAAUACUUAUAUUCUACUUAUAGCUUUGUGGUAGGUAGUUAUAACUUAAAAGUAAGUCAGUGUAUGUUGUCACGUCCUUGAAAUUAUUAUACGAUUAAUUAAAUCGGUCGCGCGGAUCUCAAAUCACGUGUCUUUUAUACUGAUGACAGGUUGCGAGGCAACGGCACAAAAUUACAGACUAGGAAUCGAUAUCAGAAUUUGAUCUUUUCUGCCAGCAAAAUAGAAGUGAGCGGUUGUAACGUACUAGAAGAAGAAAAUUGUAACGUAAUGCUUUAGUAUAGUGGAUGAUGAUCAUUAACUUAAUAUAAUAUUUUCAUAGUACUUUGUGAAACCUAGUAGAGGUUAUUGAGAGUGAGUUUAAAAAUCGAACCAGUUUCGACGUUCAACGUCACUGGCAGGCGUCAAGUGUUAGUACAUUUGACGCAGGUAGCCCUUACGUCACCAUAGCCUAAUAUUUGACAUAUAAAAUGGUCGAUUCAGGAUUAGCCAAAGGAUUCCCUCACUCUAGUUCACUCUGUCAAUACUGGGCAGGAAAGACAAACACGUCAAAUAAUAGACUGACACAAAAUAAUAGUGUAGACAUUUUAAGACUUAGAUCUUGUUCAAAAGAAGAGUGAAUAGGAACUUUCUGGGCGUGAUUUCCAUUAGAGUUCAAACUAAACAAAUGAUAUCAUCCUAUAAAUACUCGUUAUUAUAAUUAAUAAUUGUCAAAAGCUUAAUUUACGUAUAGUCCGUACAAAAUGAGAAUUCACUCGUCAUUUUAACUCUUUCAACUAUCCUGUCAAAACCAGAUUUUAGUCCUUAUUUUAAAGGUGAAUCGUACUUUUGGCACGACAGUUGACACAGAGUUAAAAUGGGAUCCCAUUUUGUAUGCAUUAUACAUGAUAUUUUUUUGUAGCUGUAGCUGCUGACGCGAGGUUUUACUGAAGUAAUAAUUAUCAAUUUUUCCUUGACGAUCUAGUGAUUUUAAGCUAUAUUCCAUUAAAUAUAAGGUUCACAAUUCACCAUAGUAGCUUAUAAAUCCUGUUCACCUCUUAAAAAUAAAUAAAGAAUUUUUAAUAUUAUAAAUGACAAAUAUUAAUCUCUUAAUAUGACAAAAUGUUAAAAUAUUUGUUAAAUGUUUUGAAAAAAUUGAAAUGUAAUAAAAAUACACAACAUUUGUAUAAUGUUGUCUAUUCUCGUACUUGUUCGUAAUAAUAUUGUUCUAUGGAUUUAUUAUGCUGACAUUCAUGUUUGGACAAAAUAUUUGUACAAAAUUGGUAACGAAUAUUUCUUUUUAUUGUUUUCAUAACACUAUGUAUAAAUGAACUCCACUCCAGUUUUAAAAACUUUCCUAAUAUUAUAAAUAUCUAUAGUUGUAACUUGUAGAUAUCAUAGGGUUAUCACAAAGUAUUCAUCAAUUACUAAUAAUAAUAAUUAUUAUUGUAUAGAUUUUUACACUAUAUUAUCGCACUUAUAUGAAACAUUUUUGUUAAAAAAGCAAAUGAUUAUUAUUUUGUAGUGAACUUGAAUAGAGUCAUAAAAUUCACGUUUUAACAGCCGCCUUUUACCUUUACAUCAGAUAAUUAUAAUAUUAAACAUCUUGCCUAAUUUAAACUUGUUUAUGGAGAAUAUUGGUUGGUCAUAUUGUAAUGAGUUCAAGGUUAAAAAGUAGAUAUUUAUCUAACUAAAACAAGGUUGGAAGUAGUGAAUAUUUUUUAUUAUGAAAUUGCUGUAUUUUUAUAGGCGUAAGUAUCUAUGUAUUUUUAUAUUCUGUCUGUAUUUAUAGUAAAACUUAAAAGUUACCUUAAAUGGCGUACUGUGUAUGUCUUGUAAAGCGCUUGCGUCUUGUUUUUGUUUAUUUAUUUAUUAACAAUGACUUUAUAUCCCUAUAUAAUAUUAUUUAUUAUAUAAUAAUACAUGAUAUAUAUAAGUAUUGUGACAUUUAGGUGUUGAAUAUCAUGAGCAGAUGUGAUUCCAUAAAUAGUAAUAGUCUAAUAGCAGUUUAAUAUUAUCAGUAACAACUUACAUAGUAAUUAAGUAAUUAUAUAAUAAAUUAAUUUCUCUC